CUCUUCUAUCUUACAUUAUUAUUACUUUAUCAUUUUGCAGUUGCAACUAGAAUUAUUGCAUAGUGACUUUUACAGAAAUUAUCAUAUUUUUUUAUAUUUGAGAAUUCUUUUUGGUGAUUGCAAUUUUUUGGUGUUAAUUUUGUUACUUGUGAGUCCAACACCAGGGAAGCAAGCAACAAGUUACAGUCCUAUUGUCUAAAGAGAGGAAAAUUAGUUUCAUGAAAGAAAUUGAGACAUGAUGGAUUCGGUAUUUCGUACGAGGUCUCCCGGUACAGCUGCAGAAGGUAUUCGAGAUCAGUAUGCCGACGGAAGGGCCGCUAAAGUAUGGGAAGUGUUUAUCGGCGACAAGAAACAACGAACACAAAAUUACCGGGACUUUUUAGUCGGUUUAUUGAGAGAAAAAGGAUGUAAGAAAAUUUUAGAUGUGGCAUGUGGAACAGGAGUGGAUUCUGUGAUGCUUUUGGAAGAGGGUUUUGAAGUUGUCAGCGUGGACGCGUCUGAUAAAAUGUUAAAGUACGCUCUGAAAACCAGAUGGGAGCGACGGAAGGAACAAAUUUUCGAUAACUGGGUGAUCGAAGAGGCUAAUUGGCUGACCUUACCAAAAGAUAUUUGUCAUUUGAUUGGAGGUGGAUUCGAUGCUGUGAUUUGCUUGGGAAAUAGCUUUGCUCAUAUGCCGGAUACAUUUGGAGACCAGAGAGAACAGAGGCAAGCUUUACUAAACUUUGAAAGCUGUGUGAAACCUGGUGGUUUGCUGCUGAUUGACCAUAGGAACUAUGAUUAUAUAAUCGAUACCGGUAAUAUUCCUCCAAAGUGCAUAUAUUAUAACAGCCAACAUAUGACAAACAUCAAAGCUUCGGUCCUAUUUGUCUCUGGAAAACCAGCAAUUGUUACAUUGGACUACAUGAUCACGCUUGGUGAUGAGGAAGUAGAAAAAGAUCAUGAAGAGCACCACGUCAGUGAAUUCAGACUAUCAUACUAUCCUCACAGAUUGAACGUUUUUACAGGCAUGUUAGACGAAGCGUUCCAGUAUAGGGCCAAGCAUACGAUUUACGGUGACUUCAAGGCUCUGGAAAAAGUGAAGCACCCUGGCUUCUAUAUUCAUGUGAUGGAGAAACCAGUGGAAAAGCAUGAGCAUGAAUAGUAAUCGUUCCAAGAGCGAAUGUAACUCCUUAUGAUAUUCGUCGCAUAUUCACUCAUGUUUUAAAUUUAUUUCGUACAAAUGUAAAGCAGAGUUCUUCGAGAAAAGCUGCUCACAUCGAUGUUCGGCAAAGUUCAGACUGAUCUUUAACUGUAGUCUAUAGCCUCUUGAGAUCACGCUUUGCGUCAUGACCUUUUUAUUCUAUGUAUUUUUGUACUUUUCAAGAAACCUUCGCUAUUUUUGUUCGUUUUCUUUUUUUUUUUUUUUUGUAAGUAUAUUAUGAAGUAAUGAUUGUAAGUUGAUACUGAAAAAAAGAGGACAAUAAAAAGAAAGAA